UCAGGAACCAUCAAUUAGUGAAAAUGUUCUACUGCUGCGAUUAAAUUGCCCUCCUUGUGGCAUUCUUAAGUGUUUAUUGCCAAAUGAAUUCAAUAGCCUCCAAUUGGUAUCGAAUUUCAUUGCAAACAAAUCACAAUUUGGUUCCAAUUAACGCUAAGCACCACUUAAGUAGUAUUUAAGGAAGAAGAGUCCUAAACAGAAACUCACAAACAAUCAGUGCGAGCAACGAAUACGAAGACUCGAAGUCAGUUGAAGUGCGCUACACUUGAGUAUAUCCGUUUCCGUUUCGUUGACGCUAUCAAUUGUUUUUCUUGUUGUUUUUUGUUGAGCUGCCAAGAAGUGAAGUGCCUGAAAAUGCCAAAGCCGAGUUUAAUUGAAGAAAAUCCGGUACUCUCGAUAAAUGUGAAAUUGUGGAAGUUUUUAUCCGUAAUUCUGAAGCAUAAUUGGCAUGUGUAUGUGUUUGUGGCGCCCGUCUGUCUCAUGAAUGUAUUGCAGUUUGUCUAUUUGUACCGGGUAUCCGACGAUUUAGCUCCUUUCAUACUGAAUAUGUUUUUUGCUUCAGCCAUAUUUGAUGCAUUACUGCGUACGUGUCUCGUUAUCUACAAUCGGAAUAAAUUCGAGGCAUUCAUGUUGGAACUGGCAAAAAUGUAUCAAGAAAUUGAAGAAAGUAAUGAUGCUUUUGCUAAAGGCAUCCUAAAGGAAGUGGUAACAGCAACGCGCAGGAUAUCAAUUUUCAAUUUAACAGCUUCCUUUUGUGAUAUCGUUGGCGCGCUUCUGUAUCCGCUUUUUAGUGAGAAUAGAGUGCAUCCUUUCGGUGUUGCCGUACCGUCGGUAAAUAUGACCCAGACUCCUGUUUAUGAAAUUUUUUAUAUAUUACAACUUCCCACACCGGUGAUACUGACGGCCAUGUAUAUGCCAUUUGUAAACCUUUUCGGAGCUUUCGCCAUGUUUGGCAAGGCGACACUAACCAUUUUACAACAUAAUUUAAAACAAAUUUGUAAGGACAACGAAAAAAGCGAACAUCAAAUGUACGAGGACUUGAUAGCAUGUAUUUUAUACUACAAAAGGAUUGCUAGGUACGUAAAGGACUUCAAUUCCUUGGUUACUUAUAUUGUUUCCGUGGAAUUUCUGCUAUUCAAUUGCAUACUCUGUUCUCUGCUGUUUUGCAUUAAUAUCAUUAAAUCUGCAACUCAAAUUGUUUCUGUGAUUAUGUACAUAUUCACAAUGCUCUAUGUACUCUUCACGUACUAUUGGUAUGCCAAUGAACUUUUAGUGGAGAGUUUGAAGGUUUCGGAAUCGGUAUUCUCCAUGCAAUGGUACAACGCCGACAAACGUUUCAAGAGCACAGUUUUAAUAUUUGGUGCUCUAACCCAGAAGCCAUUACGGCUAAUGGUUGGAAACGUUUAUCCAAUGACUUUGGAAACAUUUCAAUCUCUAUUGAAUGCCUCAUACUCGUACUUUUCAGUAUUGCGUGGAGUUUACAAUUAA